AUGGAACAGGAAAACCAAACCAGUGUCUCUGAAUUUCUUCUCCUGGGCUUCUCGAACUGGCUAGGACAGCAGGCACUUCUCUUUGUACUUUUCCUGUGUCUUUAUUUAACUGGGCUUUUUGGAAACUUGCUCAUUUUGCUGGCCAUUGGCUCAGACCAUCGCCUCCACACACCCAUGUAUUUUUUUCUUGCUAAUCUGUCCUUCGUUGACCUCUGCCUUCCUUCAGCUACAGUCCCCAAGAUGCUAGUGAACAUCCAAACCCAGACUCAAACCAUCUCCUACCCUGGAUGCCUGGCUCAGAUGUAUUUCUGUAUGAUGUUUGCCAACAUGGACAAUUUUCUUCUCACGGUGAUGGCAUAUGACCGCUAUGUAGCGAUCUGUCACCCUCUGCAUUACUCCACCAUUAUGAGCCCGCACCUCUGCGCCUCUCUGGUGGCCAUACCUUGGGUCAUUUCAAUUUUGAAUCCUCUCUUACAUACUCUCAUGAUGGCUCGUCUGCACUUCUGCUCUGACAAUAUCAUCCACCAUUUCUUCUGUGACAUCAACUCUCUCCUUCCUCUCUCCUGUUCAGACACUAGUCUGAAUCAGUUGCUGGUUCUGGCUGUGGUGGGGCUUAUCUUUAUGGUUCCUUCAGCGUGCAUCCUGGCAUCCUACAGUCACAUCGUCUCUGCCGUGAUGAAAGUUCCUUCUGCCCGAGGAAAACUCAAGGCUUUCUCCACCUGUGGGUCUCACCUUGCCUUGGUUAUUCUUUUCUAUGGAGCAAUCACAGGGGUCUAUAUGACCCCUUCAUCCAACCAUUCAACUGAAAAAGACUCAGCUGCAUCAGUAGUUUUCAUGGUCGUAGCCCCUGUGUUGAAUCCUUUUAUUUAUAGCCUAAGGAAUAAUGAGCUGAAAGGGGCUUUAAAAAAGACCCUAGGUCACCACAAAAUCUUUUCACAAUGA